AGUUUGCGAAACGCCGGACCCUCUCCUCCUUCGCCACAUGUAGGGGAUCAAGUUGGUGAUAUGGCGAUGACAGUUGUCUGUUUGUUCGGUCGGUCUUUGCGUAUGUUUUGCCCGUCCAGGAAGGAAACCGAGGACUUCAGGAGAUGAGGAGAAGAGGAUCAACAACAUGUCAAAACUCUACCGUGAUAAGCAUUGGGCUAUUGACUGGGUGGGUGGCACCCAUGAGGCCGGAUGUGGCGCUUUAGUUUUCUUGACUGAAGACGGAGGUCUGAAUUGGUACUGUUGUGGUGGCAUCAUGAAGUCCAAGGGCGAUAAGGCGACGACGAAGAAGGGGAAGGUUGACGACAGAGAAUUGAGGAAAUUCCAUCUCACUUCCGUUUACGAUGAACAGGGCACCGACUGGGUCGAUGCCGACAAGAAAGUCAGCCUCACCCUAGCCCUAUUCAAAGGGUACGGUCAGAGGGCGUUCGGUAUGAAACCUUUCGAAGCGAAGGGCGGUGGAACUGAGGUUCGGAUGGUUCAUCCGGUGGAUUUCCUUAACAAAACAAACAGCUAUAGAAAAAGUGGUCAGUACCCGAAGGUGGACGCCGGUUAUCAGUCCACAGGACCGCUUGUCCCGUACGACACUCCGGUCCAGGGUAUCGCUGGCAUUUUGAAGUCUUGUGGGGAAGCACGCCAAGUGCCUUCAACUUCUCAGCAACAUUCAGACAUUGCUCAGAAGGUAAUUACGUACUCCAGGCAGUCGGGGCCAGGUUCAUCGGAUAAGGCUGCGAAGAGGAAACAACUCGCCACAACUCCACCGCAACUACAAGGACCUGCUGCAACUGCUGGCACUUCACGCUCGCGGCAGACGGAUCUUCAAGUCGUCGACCAACGGUCUGAGGAGCAAACGGAAACUGAGGAGGAUGUUGAGUUUCGCGGACGGGACGUGGGGUCCUUGGAGGACUCACGACACGGGGGCGUCGGAGGAGACAGCGAAGGGAACGUGGAACUCGAACAACGUCCUGGUGGCAGUGGGCGAUGUGAUGACUGUUCGGAUGAGGAACACAAUGACAGGGAACAAAGUGAAAUGGGUGCGUCGAGUGGUGGGCCACACAAUGACAUGGAACAAAGUGAACGAAUGCAGAAUGAGGAUGAGCAGGACGAUGGAGGGGAUGGUGAUGUAGAAACGGGUGGGGCUUGGAAGAGUAGGGGUAAGAGGAAAGCAAAUGCAUCCCUAACACCAGCAGCAAUGAAGAAACGAGCCAUAAAAGAAGUUGUGGAUGAUGCUCGAUGUGCCUUGGAUGCAUCACAGGAAACGCUUGGCGAAGCCACCAAGAAACGUAAAGAAGGCAGCCGUUUUCGCAAAACAUCGCAACCUAAGAGGGCUGCAUGCUCAGGUUUCCCAAGUCAGAUGAUUCAAGCGACGACGCUGAAGGGGUGGGCCCUCGUCGGCCUGACCUCAUUGCCGAGGACGAAACGGAAACGAAGAAGCCCCGUGCGGUCGACAUGACACGGUGCUUCUUUCUCGAGUACGAUGAAGAUGGCAGGAAAAGAAAAGACGUGCCAAGGGUUUGCAUAGAUGUCAUGUCGAUUCUUCCGAUUCCCAAGGGGAAUAUC